CCCCGCCGACUGUGAGGAGGGUGGAAGUACGCAAAGGCGGAAGCGACUUUCUCCGGAUGCUGCUGCUGUGGCUGGAGAAGAGACGAUCGCGCGACCCUCCUGUUUUCGCUGCUCUGCUACCCUAGUAGCGAGCCUCCUGCCUGGCGGAUGGGUGGCGGGUUGGCACGCGCGUGCCUGAGGUAGGGCGGUGGGUGCAAGAUGAAGCUGCUGGAGAAGUUGCCGGCGGAUGGAACGUUGAAGUUCCUCCACAAAGUAAUUGAUGGCAUGUGUGGCCGUGCAUACCCUCGAUAUCAAGAUUAUAACACUGUUUGGAAUUUAUCAGAAUGGAUGGAGAUUCUAGAACAAACUGAAACGUAUUUCAAAACCACAAUUGGAAAAGAGCUUUCGGAUGAAGAGGCUGUUCAUCAGUUGAACGAGCUGAGUUCCGAUUUUCAGAGAGCAGUAACAAGUUGCUUGAAAGGCAGAAAGCACGACAUCAGGCAUGCCCUGAUUGAAAGAACAAAUGCCAUCUGUUCUGCUCAGCUACUGGAUUUUGACUGGCAGCUAAAGCUCGCCCUCUCUAGUGAUAAACUUUCUAUGCUGCAAAUUCCACUUCUAAACCUUGAUCUGGAUGUGACAGAGAAUGGUGACAUCAAGCUAUUCUCCAUAGAAAUGAAUAAGGAGGAGCUGCAGAAUUUAAUAAAUGCAUUGGAAAUGGCUAACAAGGUUGUCUUGCAACUGAAAUGAUCUCAACUUUCUGUGAUGCCUGAAAAAAUAAAUAUGUACAGUAUUUUACGAAAUCUGCUAUGAAGUCGGUGCACAGGAAUGGGAGACAAAGAACUUUAUUAUCAACUUACUGAUAGUCAAUCUCUUGAUCUUUGCUAGAUCAAAACAAAUGGCAGAAAACAUUGAGGCUAAUUUGUGGAAAUGCCGAAAGGCACAUAGCUUUGACAGGCAGCAGCAGCAUUUAUGAGAAGUCCUUAGUACUUUGUCAAAGUUCAUUGGAGACCCUGAAGAUAGUCUGAACUUUGUUUAGCAAAGCAGUCAACAAUUGCUUCUAGUAACUUAAUGUGAGCAUUCCUUUUCUACUUUCUUGGGAUUCAUCUGAUUACUGCAGAUAAAUACUUUAAAACUGUUUCAUGUAAAAACAUAUUUUGUGUUUUUUUUUUUUUACAUAUUGGUUCAAGUUUGAGAACUGCAUAAGAAAAGUGUGGUGUUGUCCACAUUGGCCUCCUAUCUAACAUGUAACAGAAUGUACCUACAGUUUAGUCUGUCUGAUUGAAUAUGGCAGUCUUGAGGGUGCUCAUAGAACCAAAUGUCCUUACUGCUACAAGAGUAUACCUGUAUAUAUAUGGAGAAAAAUAUUUGGGAGAACCAAUAAACUAUGGUUGGAAGAUGACCAGGUUAAAUGCUUACUGAACUUGAUAAAAGUCCAUGGCUGUAAAUUCAGGCUAAUGCAUCUUAACACAACAAAAAUUAUGGGACCUAAGCCUACCUGGCAAGGCCUCCUUUUUGGACUACAAUCCAGCAAUAUUUGAACAAGAGAAUUGCUUGUAGAAUAGAGAAUCUUAACUCUACAUAUGUUCAUCAUGAAACUGAUAACUUUCUGUUGUUUUUGUAAUUUAAGUAUGUCUAUGUAACUAAGUAUGGAAGGAAAAUUUUCAAAGCACUUGACCAUCCUUUAUAUUGUGA